ACAGCUGGACAUCUAGUCAGCAUGCUGGGCUCUUUGAUUCUUGUGUGGACAUGCAUCUUCUUCGUCUUCCUCCUCAUCCGGAUCCAGAGGCCAAGAAAUUUUCCUCCCGGACCUCCUCCUCUCCCUUUAUUUGGGAAUCUGCUUCAUGUGAAUAUGGCCAAUCCUUUGAAGGAUUUUUAAAGAUUUGCAGAACGAUAUGGGAAAAUCUUCAGCCUGUACAAUGGAUCAAGACCAGUCGUUUUUCUAAAUAGUUUUGAGGUUAUUAAGGAAGCUUUGGUUACGAAGGCUCAAGACUUUUCAGGACGCCCUCAAGACUUCAUGAUCAAUCAUCUCUCAGAAAAUAAAGGCAUUGUAUUGGCCGAUUAUGGCCCCCGUUGGAAGGAUCAUCGACGCUUUGCUCUGAUGACCCUGAGGAACUUUGGCCUGGGGAAGAAGUCUAUGGAAGAGAGAAUUCUGGAAGAAAUCUCACGUUUAGUUGCUGACUUGGACAAAAAUGCUGGAGGAACUGUGAAUCCUCAGAAUAUGUUUCACAAUGUUGCAUCAAACGUUAUCAGCUUGGUUCUGUACGGAUCCCGUUUUGAUUACAAUGACAAAUUCCUUCAGCAGUACAUCCGGUUAAUUACAGAGAUUUCAAAGAUCACCAAUGGACCAUGGAAUAUGAGAAAAAAACGAUGGUUCCUUUUCUGAAGAACAGCUCAUCAUGUACAUUUUGGAUUUGCACUUUGCUGGGACUGAUACCACAUCCAACACUCUGCUCACUGCUUUUCUUUACCUCAUGACCCACCCAGAGAUUCAAG